AUGGCCUCUCAAGGGCGCAACAGGCUGAUUCUGCGAGAAGACAUCAUGAGCGACGACAAAGUGUCUUCGUCCAGAGACCCCAAUACAGUCCUGAGCAACCAUAGAAAGCUCACCAGGGAAGAAAAGCUCGCUCUCAUCCAACAUGCCCAAGAAUACGCCUGGAAGCUCUUGAAGAAGUUCUACUCCGAGAUAUUCCUCCAUUGGUCGACUGCUCAGAAGAGGAAUCAUUACCCGUCGCACGUCCGUCGCUUGAGCACGGAGGCUCCUGUAGGAUCCUUAAAGAAGACUUUCUACAAUGAGGCUGCCAAGGAUGUCACACGAAAGUGUGAUGAACCUGCUUACUUACGAUUAUUUGUCAAUGAAAACGCUGAGUCCAUAGAAUGGACUUGGCACAACGGUCAAGGACUGGCUUUUACUCCGGAGCCUAUUGAAUUCGAGCCAGGCCUCACUGCCACUCAAGCCAAAAUCAAUGCUAUUCACAACUACGACGACCAUGAGCGACAACGAAUAAGUUCCUACAAUAUUCAACGCAUCAUCUGUGCUACGCGUCGGAUACUAGUCAAGUGGGCAGCUGGUGGAAGUAAGAACCCGGCCAAGUUUGAUCCAGAAGACAUGGUCAGAAAUCCACCUACUUGUACUUGCAUCCGACCUUGCCCGUUCUAUGGCCACCGCGUACUCUCAGAUUGUUGA